AUGGCUUCUGAUUCGCUUUUUCUUCUCUUUUUUCUUUCUCUCAUAACCCUCUCUAAAGCGAGUGUAAACAUAGACUGUGGAACGUCAUUAACAGGCGUAGACGACAACAACAUAAAAUGGGUCGGGGACAAAGACUUUAUCACAUCCGGAGAAUCAGCCACGGUUUCCUCCACCGAGAAAUCCCUCACCACACUCCGGUACUUUCCCACGGGCGAAUCCAACUGCUAUAAAAUUCCGGUAACAAAAGGCAGAAAAAUCCUAAUGCGAACCAUAUUUUACUAUGGAAACUAUGACGGGAAGUCUUCAUCCCCAACCUUCAGCGUAGUGUUCGAAGGGAAACAUCGAGGCACCGUAUCGAUAUCUUCGUUACUCGAACCUUACGUUUUGGAGCUGAUAUAUGCCCCGGCCAGCGGAGAGACAAGCGUUUGUUUUGUACGUACCUCUUCGUCAUCAAACCCAUUUGUAUCCUCCAUUGAAGUCGCUGACUUGGCCGCUGGCAUGUAUGACGAACUUGGUCCCGAUGAAGGUUUAUUUUACCAACAACGAGUUGCGUAUGGCACAACAGAGUUUCUACGAUCGGAUCUUUACGGUAGGUUCUGGCGUCCUUCCGAGAUAAACAUAUUGUGGACAGGAGUACCAUCCUCGGCUGCGUCCAUCGAUACCUCUAGUGCAUCAAACAAGCCGCCUGAGUCCAUCCUCCGUAACUCUUGGAGCGUGGAAAGCUUAACAUUAGUCGACCCCACUCUUCCUACAAAAGGAGUUCCUGUUUACUUGGCUAUGUAUUUCUCGGAGCCUCUCCAGAUGACUGUACGAUCGUUCAACAUUUUAUUUGGCAGUAAGAAAGUCGGCACGGGUCCAGUUGUGCCAGUGUUUGGAAAAGCUACCCAAGUGGUAGUGAGAGACGUGGUGGCCAGCUCGAGCUCCCAGCUAGUGUUCCAGUCCACAGCUACCGCCCUUUUACCGCCCAUGAUAAAUGCGUUGGAGCUUUAUGUGAUAAGUUCGGGUACAAGUGGAGAGGGAAGCGGAAAUGGAAGUGGAAGCGGAUCAGGAACAGGUGGAGGUGGUGGUGGAUCAGGGAAAGGCGAACCUGGAGGUUUUUUAAAUGCUUUUAUCAGUGGGUCAACCCAUGAAGAAAAGAAAAGUAAUCUGCCAAUUAUACUCGGUGCGGUAACCGUGGUAGCGAUUGUUAUUGCAUUAGUUAGCGUUGCUAUUCUCUUGAGGAAUCGUCGCAAACCAAGCCUGAUCCAAUCGCCAACUUCCACUGUUGCUCAAGAGGAGACUGGAGCACCACCUCAAUUUGGACAACAGACGGGCAACGACCCGAACCUGUCUACAAUAGAGGCGGACAUGGGAUAUAUCGACGAUCUGAUUGACAUAAACCCGUCGUAUGUAACGCAACAACAUUGAACAUCGUAAGAUAUAAAUGUUGUUAACCUUCAAUUGUACGCCUUUCCAACGAAUUUCAUUUUCCUUCUCAAUUUGGGAGGUUUUUUGUUUUUUUGUUUUUUCCUGGUCUUUCGUGUCGUUAAUCACAUUCAAUUAUUUAUUCUGGUUGGGACAUUAACAAGAGACUUAUU